AACGGACUACUGUGUGAAACCUCUCGUAUACCAAAACACUCACGGGACUUUCUUUUACAACAGUAGCGACUCUUCCGCAGUGAGCUGUAGAAACAGAAUGGCUACAACAGGGAACAGCGUCCCGAAAUCUAUCUCCAUUCUCGACCUCAUCGUGAAGAAAAGGCAAGGGAUGGCUCUUACUAAGGAGGAGAUAGAGUAUUUUGUACAGGGAGUGGUAGACGAUGCCGUCGCUAAGGAACAGCUGGGUUCCAUGUUAAUGGCGACUGUUCUGAAAGGCCUAGAUGACUUUGAGACCACGUGCCUGACACGCGCAAUGAUGAACUCUGGUGAGAUUAUGCGCUGGCCAGAGAGUUGGCGCGGUAAGAUUGUGGACAAACACAGCACAGGAGGUGUUGGCGACAAAAUCAGUCUCGUUCUGGCACCAAUAUUAGCGUCUUGUGGCAUGAAGGUACCCAUGGUGUCCGGCCGGGGACUGGGGCACACUGGGGGAACCCUGGAUAAGUUAGAGUCGAUUCCAGGAUUCAGUGUUGCAAUCAACACGGCCGCUAUGACCCGUAUCCUAGAGGACGUCGGAUGCUGUAUUGUCGGUCAGACUGAAACAUUGGUACCAGCCGAUAAAAAGAUCUACGCAAUGCGUGACGUCACAGGCACAGUAGAAAGCGUAGGACUAAUAGCGGCGUCCAUUAUAAGCAAGAAAGCUGCAGAAAAUUUAGAUUUUCUCAUUUUGGAUGUGAAAUGUGGAAAAGGAUCAACCACGGGUUCGAAGGAAGAUGCGUUAGUUUUAGGAACACGCAUGGUCAACAUUGCGAAUGGUCUUGGUAUCAAUACCAUCGCCUUACUGACUGAAAUGAACAACCCGAUCGGUCAAGCGAUUGGUAACGCUCUCGAGGUGGCGGAGUCCCUCAACUGUCUGCAUAACAAAGGACCAAGUGACGUUAUGAAACUCGUUUGCCAAUUAGGUGGUCAAUUAUUGUAUCGAGCUGGUCUGACUCAGACGAUUGAGGAAUCAUAUGAUAUGAUGGAAGCUCGUGUUCGUGACGGAGCGGCAAUUGACUGCUUCAGAAGGAUGUUAGUCGCGCAGGGAGCUACAGAGGAUACUGCUAAGCGUCUGUGUGAUCCUGAAAAUGACAUUUGGACUAUUUUACCACGUGCGAAACAUAUGACAGAAUUGAAAAGCGAGAAAAAAGGAUUUGUACAAGAAAUCGACUCUAAGCUGUGUGCUGUUGCAUCCGGCAAACUUGGUGCCGGAAGAAGCAAAUGGGAUGACGUUAUCAAAUUCGGGGUUGGCCUUAUGCUACAAGUGUGUGUUGGCGAUGCCGUUGAGAAAGGAGAUGUAUGGGUUCAGAUUCACCACGACUCGGACGAUGUUCCCGCGGAGGUAGUGACAGUGUUAGAGCAAGCCCUAGUGGUCAAAGACCAGCCGCUGGCCGAAACAAACAAGUCACGCGUUAUUGAGAUAAUCGCAUAGUCCAUUGACAGGGACUACCAAUGUCUGACGUAACUCGUCAUUGAACAGUUGUCAUUGCCAUUUACGAAUAUUUUAGAUUUUGUUAGGGACAAUUUGUUCAGAUUAUAAUUGCGUCUGUAUUUAAGACAGAUUGUUGAUUGGUACAUGUUGUACAUGAUAUAACAAUGAUUGAUGAGAAAUAGGUCAUUUACGUUUAUCAACUUAAGCUUCAGGUUUGGUACUUUCUUAGCUCAAUUUUACGUCUUUACAGCAUCAGUACUUAUUUUGAAGUUGUGUCUUAUCCGCAUGCACCAGAAGGUAUUGUGUUCAUUUAUUGUCACGAUAGGCUCAUUAACACGCCAAUCUCUUGCUAUUUUUAAGUCAGAUCAAACUAUUGUUUAUGUCAUUCUUAUUCAUUUAAAAUGUCAUAUGGCACAGUCGUACAAAUGUGAUCAACCGCCCGCGAACUUGUUAUUUCCAUAUGAAACUGGUAUGACAAUUGCUAAUGGCGCCAACGACUCUAACGUCAUGUAAUUAACAUCAUGAACACAAAUCUGACCCAGAACUGUCAGUGCAUUUCCUCUUCAUUUUGAUUGUCGUCAAUCCAUAGCAGAUUGGCUCGGAUAUCUGCAAUACUAACAAUCAUUUUGUUUUUCUUUCGUUUGAAAUUAAACUGAUUUAGAUUGAGGAUAACUUUCUGGAUACUUCUAAUUGCACACUCCCAAACUGAUAAAA